CAAUUUCACAAUCUAGGGUUUAUCAUUCCUUUAAUUGUCAGUAUAUUCAAUUUUAGGGUUCUUCAAAAACGGAUUAUCAAACUUUUGGUUAUAAUUGCUUAAGUUAUGAAUGUUUAUGACGAUUAAUUUUGUUGCUAGAAUUUUUAUAUGUGCAAUGUACGCUGAUUUUUUUUAAGGGAGAAGAAUUCAAUGUGAUCUUUGGAGUUUAAUUUGAUAAUUGGGAAGAAUUUAAUGUGAUAUUGGAAUUUAAUUUGACAAUUGAGAAGAAUUUAAUGUAAUUUUUAUUGUAUAAGGUUACUUUUCACACUUAAAUAAUUUAAUAAUCUACUCAGUUUACCCGGGUAGUAUUUUUUUUAAAAGGUUGCUAUAGUUCAAUGUAAGUGAGAAUUGUACAGAGAAUCACAAAGAUAUCACAUAAUCUAUUCGAGUACUAAAAAACUUAUCACACAAUCUUGAUCGCAUAAUUACGAUUGAUUUUUCAUUUUUAAGCCUUGGUAUAUUGUAUAUAUCAUGAUAAUCUGAUAUGUUUUCUAAUUUUGUUUUUAGUUGUUUGUGUCUAUUCUACAUGUGUUUUGUAAUUUGUAUUGAUUCACAACAACUGUCAACUCUAUAACUCUAAUGAAAUAACAUGCGCUGUUUCAAUAGACAUUUUUCUCUCUCCACUCAACCUCCUUUGCAUCCUCUACCUCUUCCACUUCGAGGGGAAACUCACUUGUGGUAUGUCAUUCCUGAUGAAAUAAAGAGCUCAUCACUCUUGAAACAAUAUCUGGAUAUCCUUUCCCCUUUUGAGAAAAAAAGUGUUCUUAGCUUCCGGGAAGACGAGAUCAGGAAGAAAGCCCUUUUAGCUCGUGCUUUGGUUCGCACUACCAUUGCUAGAUAUCAGACAAAUUCUUUUGUUGACCCAAGAUCUUUGAAGUUUAAGAAAAACACCUAUGGAAAACCCGAGGUUGAUUGGCAAGAUGUACCUGAUAUAAGUUGGCCACCAUUGCAUUUUAAUUUGUCACACACCUCAUCCUUGAUUGCCUGUGGAAUUACAACCUAUUCUCCUAUCGGAAUUGAUGCUGAAGAUAAGAAUAGAACAACAAAAAAUGAUGUCAUAUCAUUUGCUUGUCGCUUCUUCUUUCCCUGUGAAGUCGAUCACUUGGCCAAUAUUUCAGAACCGGAAUUACAGCGCCAGGAAUUUAUAAAAUUAUGGACACUCAAGGAAGCUUUCGUAAAAGCAAUUGGAAGGGGAUUUUCGGCUACUCCAUUUAAGACCUUCAGGAUUCACUUCAAAGCUUCUUCAAAAAAUAAGUCUAAUAUUUCAAAAACUGCUGCUCUUGAGGAAUCUGAUAUUGCUGUUGAACCAUCUCAGUUUCAAACUGGGGAAUGGCAGUUGGCCCUUCUUGACUUGGCUGAUACUCAUUAUGCUGCUAUUUGCACACAGAAUGAUAAUUUCAGUGAAGGUAAGAAAACCUAUCACCUAUGGCUUUGAGAGUGGAAAACGAUUCCAUUUUUGGAAGAUGUGUGCAUGUCUAGGACUCAUUCCGUUAUCACUGUUGGUGGGCUUGUCAAGCAACUCUGAUUGUUCAAUUUUUCUGAUGUAAGUACAAAUAUGGUGAAAUUAGUUUUUUGACAGAACAGUGAACACAAGAAGAGAGCUAAAUCGAGAAUCAAGAAAAGGAUUGUUGAUAGUACAUAUUAACAGUGGAUCUGAUCAUUGGGGCAGAAGCUAAAACCAACUUAUAGGGUGUUCAAGAGGCUCUUACUUUGUACUUUAUGCUCUGUAUUAUUUUGUUCAUUUUAUUUGUAUAACCUUCCAACAUUAGUUCAUUUUAUUUGUAUAACCCUCCAACAUUAUGCAGAAAAUUUAGCUAGGUAUUACAGUAUUUUUCAUUAUUAAUCAACAUUCCACAUUGUAGCAGUUGGGAUAUUGUAUUGAGUCAAAACGAGUAUAAAAUUGCCCCAUCUGUUCAAAGUUAAUUAAGAGGCCAAUUCAAUUUUCUCUC